CACGCCCGCGCGAGCUCUCUUCUCGCGAGGCCGGCUAGGCCCGAAUGUCGUUAGCCGUGGGGAAAGAUGGCGGAAAAUUUAAAAGGUUGCAGUGUGUGUUGCAAGUCUUCUUGGAAUCAGCUGCAGGACCUGUGCCGCCUGGCCAAGCUCUCAUGUCCUGCCCUGGGCAUCUCUAAGAGAAACCUCUAUGACUUUGAAGUCGAGUACCUGUGUGAUUACAAGAAGAUUCGAGAACAAGAGUACUACCUGGUAAAAUGGCGCGGCUACCCAGACUCUGAGAGCACCUGGGAGCCCCGACAGAAUCUCAAGUAUGAGAAGAUGGAGAGGUGUAGUUACUUGAUCAUUACCUCAGAGGAGGCGGAGCGGAGGGGCCAGAUCUAUGACCGCCAGGGAGCCACCUACCUCUUCGACCUGGACUACGUGGAGGAUGUAUAUACCGUGGAUGCUGCCUAUUAUGGCAACAUCUCCCACUUCGUCAACCAUAGUUGUGACCCCAACCUGCAGGUGUACAACGUCUUCAUAGACAACCUCGAUGAACGGCUUCCCCGCAUCGCUUUCUUUGCCACAAGAACCAUCCGGGCAGGCGAGGAACUCACCUUUGAUUACAACAUGCAAGUGGACCCCGUGGACAUGGAGAGUACCCGCAUGGACUCCAACUUUGGCCUGGCUGGGCUCCCUGGCUCCCCGAAGAAGCGAGUCCGUAUUGAAUGCAAGUGUGGGACUGAAUCCUGCCGCAAAUACCUCUUCUAGCCCUUGGAAGUCUGCGGCCAGAUUGCCGGAGGCCUAAAGCUGUCUGCUCCUUGCCCAUUGCUGCCCUUCCUGGCCGUGGGGAACAGCUGCCAGGGCUUUGCCUGCCUCCACCUGUCCCCCACCUCCCGCCACCUGCUCUAGGGGCGGGCCUACAGGGAGGACUGACUCCAGGAGUCCCUUUCCCUGGCCCAGUCCCAUCUGUGGGUUGCACUUACAAGCCCCUGCCCACCUCCAGAAGUCAGUUUUUGACGGCAGGGGUUUCUGCAGUCGGGAUUCAUGGAAACCUCCACUGGAGGUCUGAGGGGGUAAGCUGCAGCCCAGCUUUCCUCUCCCCCUAGAAAAGCUGUUUGUUUUUGCACCUGCUUCUGUCUGAAGGCUGAGGCAUCUGUUGCAGGCCUCCGCCCUAGUGCCCCCGGGCAGCCUUC